AUGUUGGAGAAACUGAAUCUUAUAUACACAGCUCUUGUUGAAAACAACGCAAGACAAGCAGCAAAAGACAUGCAAAGAGUCAUGUCCCCAACCACGAUGUCUCAAAUAGCCGACGAUACAUCAUCGGAGACACUAGAACUACCACCAUCUUCUUCUUCCUCCUACAAACUCUUCUCCCGCCGUUUCUUCAGCCUUCACGGCCGUGACCUCUUCGCAGCCUCAGCCAACUGGUUCCUAGUGGACGUGGUCUUUUACACAAGCAACCUCCUCCUCUCUCAAAUCUUCAGUUUCUCCAACAAACCUAUCAACUCCACAAACGUCUAUGACUCUGCCUUUGAGGUGGCUAAACUCGCAGCCAUCAUAGCCGCUUGCUCCACCAUCCCCGGCUACUGGUUUACCGUCUAUUUCAUCGAUAGAGUCGGUCGUGUCAAGAUUCAGAUAAUGGGUUUUUUCUGUAUGGCCGUUGUUUACCUAGUCGCUGGGAUACCGUACAGUUGGUAUUGGUCUAAGCAUGAGAAGACUAAUAAAGGCUUUAUGAUUCUUUACGGAUUGAUCUUUUUCUUUAGCAACUUUGGACCGAACACGACGACAUUUAUCAUCCCGGCGGAGCUUUUCCCGACAAGGUUUAGGUCUACGUGUCACGGGAUAUCCGGAGCUGCCGGGAAGUUUGGAGCCAUUGUUGGGACGGUUGGUUUCUUGUGGGCCACUAAACACGAAGAAAAGGACAAAGGAGAGGUUUUUCCAGAGGUAAGACGCGUGAGGAUAGCGUUUUUAAUCCUUGGUGCAGUUUGUAUCGCUGGAGUUUUGGUGACGUACUUCUUCACUCGUGAAACUAUGGGAAGAUCGUUAGAAGAGAACGAAGAGGACGACACUGAUUCCACAUGUGCUUCUGGUAAUGAGUUGUUCCCAAUAGAAUAGUGAUUUUGAUAUCACAACACAAUCAAGCGUCUUUUGAUUGUCUUCUCUAAUUUAACUCUAAAUUUUCCUUGAUUUUGAUGUUUGAUAUGUUAAGUCUUUUUUUGUUCUCGUGUUUACCUGACUUCUUUUUUCUUUGUUUCUACUAUUUA